UACCGGAAAUCCUGAACUAGACGAAGAGCGGACGCCUGACUUUGUGUACCAGGCAAAUAUCUCCCGAAACCGAGUUCUACUUCUGUGUGUAUUUAUACACGUUUUAACCCAUGCAUAUUCGGUCAUAGACGAAAGUGCACUAUUAGAAGUGUCAAAACGGUUCAAGCUAGCAAUUGGGAGCUCCGGUCUGCAUCUCGAGAAGAGACAUAACAGACAUGUCGCGCGGUAUUAAAGAAGAAGGAGACUUAAGUGGUUUGUGCAUUGACACUGAUCCUGACCCGGCAAGUAAGACUGAAGAAGAGGAGCAGACAGAAUUACAGUGUAUACAUCCAUGGAAAAAGCAUGCAGAUCCAGAUGUAGUCAAGGGCUGCUGGUCCAGAGAAGAAGAUGAAAAGAUCAUACAGCUAGUGGGAAAGUAUGGCACUAAGCACUGGAGUCUGAUUGCCAGACACCUUAAAGGGCGGUUUGGGAAGCAGUGUCGUGAGCGAUGGCACAACCACCUCAACCCACUGGUCAAAAAGAGCUCCUGGACUAAUGAAGAAGACCUCAUUAUCUACAAAGCCCAAUCCAUUCUUGGUAAUCGGUGGUCUGAGAUUGCCAAACUACUUCCUGGAAGGACAGACAACUCUAUAAAAAAUCACUGGAACUCAACCAUCAAACGAAAGGCUGAGCUGGGCCUGUAUAAAGAUGAAGCUGACAGCAUUUCCCUUGAUAUACAACAGUUUGUUGAAGGAGAGGUGGACUUUAAGUGUGAUGUUGUUUUGGACACUGAACCAGUAUCUCUUCAAGUGCCAGAGACUGGGACAGAACAUGUGCAGCAAAGCCAAACCAAUCAGAGGAUUGCUGUUUCAGUGCUGCAGAACUUGGAAUCAAGGAUGGAGUUGCCCUCCCAAAGUUCCUGUUUGAGUUCUAGUCCUGGCUCUAACUCAGGCACUGCACUAGGAGGCGUGCCAGUGGACAACAAAGUAAUUGUAGAUGCAACACUGAGGAUGAUUGCUGAAGACAUGCUGCCACUCAGUUUUGUGGAAGGCCCAGGCUUCAGAUCAUUCAUGAGCACCAUAAGACCUGAAUCCACCAAGCUAUCCCAGCGUGUCAUUGGCCUACAGCUAUACGAUGAUGUAGAGAGAACUAUAAAGCCUCAGCUCAUCCGUGACCUUCAAGCCUGCCUUGCCAAAACCCAGGGUGGUGAUGGCAAAAUUCAUGUCACUUUUGACCUCUGGGCAGGAGAUCAAUCCCAUUCAGUGGAUGAGGCUAUUCUUGUUGUACAGCUACACUUUUUGAGUGACUCUUGGCAGAUUCAACGUCCUAUUGUGGCAGUCCGUCACCUCAGUCAUCAAAACCUCAGCACUGCUGUGGCCCGGGAACUUGAAGGUGUGUUAUUGAGUUUUGGCAUCUUUCCUCAUAGCAUUGGCUAUAUCCUUGCUAACCAGGCCAAAGAAAUCGUCACUGGAAAUGAUGUAUUCUGCAACUACAAGAUUAUGUGCUCAACAAACCGUGGGGAACCGGAUGGAGAUGAGAUAAUGGCAUUUCUUUUGAACCAGUUGCCCGAUUCAGAGUCCCCUUUUUCAGAGCUGCAGAUUGGGACCAGGACUACAUGUGUUGCAACAAAAUUGCAGCUUGUGAUUAAGGAGGCACUGAAGAGCUCUAGGGUCGUGGAAAAUCUUCUCUCUCAGGUCCACAAUGUGGUUGCUUUCUUUAGAAGCAACGUCUACUGGAACAAGGUUUUGUUAAAGGAAUGCAACAUCUCUCUUUUCCCUUCCUCUACCAACUGCCGCUGGAACUCAAUGAUACUAUCUUUACGCCGUAUGGUGCAGGAGUCCACUUGGAGCACCAUCAUGACUCUUUUAGCCCAAGCUCGCAUAGAUGCUAACAACACUGCCAGUGCCCCACCUCUGGUCAUUGUUAAGAGAGAGCAAGUUAUUGACAUCCUUGGUCAUCUUGAGCCCUUUGGGGAAAUCUUGCAGGUCCUGCAAGGAAACGGAGUGACUAUCUCCUUUAUCAUACCUUGCCUCAUUGGCCUUGACAAGACCUUGGAGAAUGUUGUCACCAACUAUGUUCACUUCAACAAGUCCCUGCGCACAGGCCUCCUCACACACUUCCAGGAAAUGAUUCACCAGAGGGACAUAAUAGCUGCUGCUGUUCUUGACCCUAAAACCAAGCUGCAGCCUUUUCUUGAAGUUGAAGUUGAGGACCAAAUUGGUUUCCUGAAGCCUCCAUCAAAGCAUCAAGCUCGCAUCAUUAUGGAAGCCGCUUUAGAAAAUAUGGUGGUCUUAGCGUCUUCCUCUGAAGAGGUAGGCAUAGACAAGACAAGCAAGGUGAGUGAAAAUCAGCGAGACGGUGAAGAGGAGAGCCAAGCUCAUACACUGAUGGAGGCAUCUGUCAUCAGCUCUAAUGAUAACUAUAAGGACAGAGCCAGUGGAGGUGAUCUGAAACGAAAGUCAGUAUUAGACUUCCCACAGCCCCCUGGUAAGAUUGCUAAGACAAUGACAGAACUUGAUAUGUACCUGUCAGAACCUCUGUGGGACAGCAACUACAGUUUGUUGUACUGGAAAUCUGCAACUCAGUUCCCCCAACUCCAGAGCCUUGCCAUGAGGCUGUUGGCAAUACCAGCUACCUCGGGGGGUUUUGACAGGCUCUAUCCUAUGGCAGCCUGUAUUGUAAGAGCCAAGAGAAACCACCUGCCACCUCACACCACAGAGAGACUAUUUCUAUACAAAAAUUCAUUGAAGACAAAGACUUGCAAAAAGCAUGACUGGGUUGCAAAACACUGAUAGAGAUUCUGUAUUACAUGUUAAAAACCUCAACACUUGUAACAAUAUGUUAAACAGACAGUGAGCACCAUUUGUGACUUGUCAGUUUUGUUUUUCUUGUUUGAUAACAUGAUGGUAGAAAGGCAGCCCCAUAGGCCUUCUCACAAAUUAGCUAAAGUGCAUUCCAGUAAUAUUACAAGAUGGAUGUCUGAUAGGUAGAUAAUGCUGGUAUUUGAUAAUGACAAGCCUCUGCCAAAUAAAGUCAACUUUUUAUUCCUUCAGGCAUAGCCAACCAUCAGUGGUAAAGGACUUCAUGCCAAUAAUUACUUCUUGUUUUCAUAACCUGUGAAUUAUCUGGCUCAAACUUUAUGAUAAGAAUGUUGUUGAGGUACAAUGACUUAGUGAUUUUUUGGCUACACUUGUUUGCAGAUCUGUUAACAACAUUCAUUUAAGCUGAAAUGUUGUCAAAUGAUAGCCAACAAGUUCCAGGUUUGUCAUCCCAGAAUUUGCUCUCCACUUUGGACUGUGUUGUUUGUAUAUAGUCUAUGUGUAAAAUUUUGAGGUUUUUGUAAUUGUGAUUUGUAGUUUUAAGUAACAGUUUUAGUGUUAUGUUGUGGCAGACAAUAGUUAACAUUUAUACAUUAAGUUUUGAAAUGUUCUGAAAGAUAUAACUGAUCAGAUUAAGAUUAGCUUGGACCUUGGUUACUCUUGAUGAUGAAUUAUGAAAUGAUUUGCUUGUCAUCCCAUGUGACUUGUAAACUUAAAGGGCCAGAAAAUUCACUUAAUGUUCGUCAGUGUUUUUUUUUUAUUUUCCAACCUGUGAUCCUGCUGCAUUGAAAAGAUUUUAAAUGCUUUAAGAGCACUGGUUAUCAGUUAUUUGACAGUAAAUGGAAUUGGAAUUUUCAAAAUUUCAGGGGGGUUUGUUAAUAGAUGGGCUUUUAUACAAAUUACAGUUAAAAUUGUCUUUUAUUAAAGUGUUUGUUAUAUUGUGGCAAUUUACAUUUAACUUAGUCCUAUGAUGUACUGUGGUUCCACAUGACAGCACU